UAUCAAAGAACGGACUGGCGCAAAUUUAAGAUACAAACGCAGAAGAGCUGAAAUUAUUGAUAUACAGUGAACUGAACUGAACUGAUUAUUUUGAAUAUAAAUCACACCUGGAACAAUCUACUCGUACAAGGAUUUAUUAAAGACCAUAAACAAAAUAAGAUGAACAUGUACAACAAACUAAAGUGGAACAUGUUGAUCCUGACAAUUAUGAGUACACAAUCUACUGACUCCAAAUAUAAGACCAAUUCUACAAUAUCAACUACUACAGAGGCUACUGGCGAUGUCGCCAUAUUGGAUGGUUCAAUUAAUCAAAAUAAAUCAGGAGUUAGUGCAAACCCAAAUGUCAAUGAAACAGAACAGCCAAAUGUAAGUGCAAACCCAAAUGUUAGUGAAACAGAACAGCCAAACGUUAGUGCAAACCCAAAUGUUAGUGAAACAGAACAGCCAAAUGUUAGUGCAAACCCAAAUGUUAGUGAAACAGAACAGCCAAACGUUAGUGCAAACCCAAAUGUUAGUGAAACAGAACAGCCAAACGUUAGUGCAAACCCAAAUGUUAGUGAAACAGAACAGCCAAACGUUAGUGCAAACCCAAAUGUUAGUGAAACAGAACAGCCAAACGUUAGUGUAAACCCAAAUGUUAGUGAAACAGAACAGCCAACCGUUAGAGCAAACCCAAAUGUUAGUGAAACAGAACAGCCAAAUGUUAGUGCAAACCCAAAUAUUAGUGAAACAGAACAGCCAAAUGUUAGUGCAAACCCAAAUGUUAGUGAAACAGAACAGCCAAACGUUAGUGCAAACCCAAAUGUUAGUGAAACAGAACAGCCAAACGUUAGUGCAAACCCAAAUGUUAGUGACACAGAACAGCCAAACAGGAGUGGCCAAAAAAAACCAAUACGUUUGAAAAGAAAUGUGUAUGAAACACUUUUAAACAAAGCUAAAUGUGAAAACAAUCCCGUUAAGCCUCUGUUCAUCAAUGAAACAUACGUACUAAUUACUCGGGAAGAUUAUGGAUGGCUAGUGCUCUGCAUGAACAAAAUCACCCCAAAAAAAGUUUGUCUGCCACCAUACAACCCCAACAGUAGAAAAUAUGAAAUUUAUACAACAAUGGGGAUCAUAACCGAGAUUUAUCUCUGCAUUCCUCUAUGUCUGCUUGGUAUCGUUGGCAAUGUUCUCUCAUUCAUAACUCUUUCUCGUGAAAAACAAAACACUAGCAUACUAAUUUUAAAAUCCCUAGCUAUAAUUGACAGCCUAUAUUUGUUGUUGGUGGUUGUGUUUGAACCUUACUACACUGCAUAUCAUGAUACUGAUUGGUUGGAUAAAUCCUCACUUGACAAAGUCUCGCAUUCAUUCACAAAAGCUGCUACAUAUGCAGUGCCAGUCAUUAACAUGGCCCAAAUGUGUAGUGCUUGGCUCAUGGUUCUCCUCACCAUUGAUCGCUAUGUUGCUAUUUGCCAUCCUUUCAAGGCUAUCAUUUAUUGUACGUUAAGACGUGUUAGGGUUGGGAUCUGUAUCAUCAUCUUUACCUCGAUUGUAUAUAACAUCCCCAUGUUCUGGGAGGUCAGUUUCACACAGGUCUACCAUGAGUGCCUUAAAUUGCAUAUGUUCACAAAAGGGGUAGUCCGUGGCUCGGUGGGCCAACAUAUCCUUUUCAGAAUCAUCUAUGGCCUUGCAGGCAAUCUCAUAUUCCGUAAUCUCCUCCCGGUUCUACUUGUCAUUUCUUUCAAUUGUCGCCUUAUCCACUCUUUGAGAAUCGCACGGCGUAACCAUGACAAAAUGACAGCAAAACAAGAUAACGAUCUUGAUAACCGAGAUAAAAAUAUCA